CUCAUUCAGAAACUCUGAACAUUUCCAGCAGCUCCCAGCAGCUAAGGAUAAUACAUAGAAAAACCCCUUAAAACAGUGAAAGAUGAAGUGCUGUGUCCUGAUUUGUGUUUUCUUCAUGUGUUUUGCUGCCAAUCAUCUCACCGGGGCUCGAGUCAUAAAUGAAGAAGUUCCCUAUGAGGAGCCUCUGGCCAGACCCUACUGGCCAUAUUCAAACUCUGAUUUCUGGAACUACCUUGAAUACUUCCGUAGCAUUGGAGCCUACAACCAGAUCAACGAGAUGGCCAAGACUUUCUUUUCCCAGCAGAAUCUCGGUGACACUUUGGGAUAUGAAGUGGCUGAACAAGAAGGGCUCUAAAUGGGCAAUCAGACAGAUCUGUGCAUGGAGAUUUCAGGAAUAAUGACAGAUAUAUAUAUUGUUUUUUUUUUUUUGGUUAAUAAUCAAUUUUAACCUUAAAAUCUAUAAACAUAAGAUAGACAUUAAAUUCGUGUUAAUUGUGAUCUAUAAAAUGUGACAAAUAUUUUGUAAUCAGUUAUACUUGUAAUAAGUCAUGUAUUAAACAUAUACUAUAUAAUAA